AUGAAAAUCAGUACAUUAUCACAUCCCCGAUCCGAAUCUCGCAGAAGAGCUUUGUCGAAAACACCGCCAGUUCUGCACCGAAACUACGGUCGCGUCGUAAGAGUGGCCCCGAAUGAGCUUUCUAUUGUCGAUGAAAACCCUAUGAAGCUUCUCUACGGCCAUGGCCACAAUUCUACCAAGACGGCAUGGUACAAGGUGUGGGACAUGCCGGAUGUUGCCCCCGGGCUCUUCGCGACCCAAGACAAAAACAUACAUUCCUUCCUGAGGAAGCGGGUUUCGUCGGCGUACUCUAUGACCAGCAUCCUGAGAUACGAGCCAUACAUCCAGGGCAUGCUGGACCUCCUCUUCUCCAAGCUCGCAGCACACUCGCGGGCUGGGCGAAGUGUAAACAUGUCCGACUUCACCAACGCGUUGGCAAUCUAG